AUGGUUUCCGCAAACAAGAAAGUGUCGCAGCUGCAAGCAACGAGCGAGGAUGACGAUGUUGAGAGUUUCGAACCAGCCUCCAAUUUCCACAAGCGAGAACAGUCACUGGUUAACUGGACGUUGCCGAAGCUCGAUGUCGAGAUGGAUGGAGAGAUGAACUUCUGGAAGAAGGAAGUAGCGCGCCUGGUCAAUGUCGCCAACAACUCCAAUGCCAUCCUGCUGAGUGGAGAAGACGCGUGGUUUGGUGAGGCUGACGGGGACGGGUACACCAACCUGCAUAAGGUCGCACUGCAGCUGCAGGACGCAUUAGAUAUUUGCAUUCACGAUAACGAGUUAUUGUUGCUCGAGCACAUGCCGAGCCAGACAGACCACCAAAGCUACAGCAAUGCGCGGAGCAGACUGUUGCGAGACUACGACCCCGAAACGGCUAAGGAGCGGUUCCAACGUCAUUUGCGGCUCGACAAUAACAACGAUCGCUACUACCAUGCACUAGUGAACUAUUUGACUGCGAUGAUGCUGCGAGUCAUGUUGCGCACGAUGCGCGGAGCGUUAUGGGAAGAGCAUUGCGUUGUGACGAUUGCAAAAUUUGCUGCAAAGCUCAAGUUGCUGUUGAGUGAUCUCCCCCAUUCGGCAUCCAUAUGCCUGAAGCGGACAGAGGAAGUGAGAUUUCGGGCAACGCACAAUGCACGCGUUCAAAGGCGUAUCGGGUAUGAGGGUGAGCGAGAGGACCAGGACAUCUAUGAGCCGGACGUCGAUGCUAUGAGAAAAGAGAAGGACAAAAAAGAUAAGAAAGAGAUCUGGCAGCCGGCUCGUGUGGAUGCGGAGAUGCGAUACUUUAUCGUGACCAAAACGUUCAACCUGGGAAUUUCGCGACUUCUCCUUUCAGCGCUCGCGAAUUUGAGCUCGAACGAAGACACCGAAAUGUCAGCUGACGUUUUCGAUACUACAGUGCUCAUGUACGAGGACUACAUCACCAACCGACGUUUGAUCCUGUGCUCCCAACGUGAUGGCACGAUUGGCGCUGCGGCCGACCAGAGAGUUAUCGCAUCAGCCGGUGCAGCAUUCAAGGUAUGCUUGGAUGUCUGGAAAUACUUGAGUACUUCCUCGAAGGGGAACGGCAUCGUAAAUGAGAAGUAUUGGACAAUGCUUUCAUGGAAAUGGACCGAACUUGAUCCAACGACUCUGGAUCCGCAACCUGACCACAUUACAUCGUCAGCAAAAUUAGUCACUAUGAAAGGCGUGAUAUCCGCUUUCGUGCCUUACUCGAUGGUCUGCGGUAGUUUUCCCAGUCUGUUGCAAGAUCUGUCGAACAACGCAUCUCUGAUUGCGGAUCCUACGGCACCUGUGAAGCUUGUUCGACAGAAUCCUUUCUUGGCUGCUCUAGGUGUCAGAACUAGCGCGUACAUGUCGCGCCGGAUGGAUCUCUUCAAGGACGACGAUGCCUGCAAUAUCUCGCAGUCGUAUCUCGCUCGUGAAAAAGCAUUGACACGAUCGGCAACAGACCCGAUGUUGACCAUGUUUGCGGACGAGCGGAAAGCUGUCUCGGAUCAAACACUACGGUCGCAACGAGACCAGCAAAGAAGGGACAUGGCAAAAGCAAUGCAAGAAUUCCAAACAUGGAUGAUCGACGAAACUACGAUUGUCAUCCCAAAUAAAAGGUAUGCUUGGGGCUUCUUAGGUGGUUGUCUAGUACUUGUGCUAGGCGGUAUGGCCAUGGGACUAUCGGUUGGUAACCGAAUUGAGGGCGUCGACCCUUUGGGCUUCGCCACAUAUUGCUGGGUCCUCGCUGGCUUUGUUUUAUUGGUCGCCAAAUCGAUGCGCGUGGAGAAUUGGCCAUGGAGUCGAUUUUUUCGUGGACAGGUGGUGUGCCGAUCUCUCAGAGAAGUCGUUUCGGUGACUCGGAUGGACGCCCAGACCAUUCUGGCCAUCCUGCUGCGACUCGAACCUCGUAUGAAUCUAAUCAAGAGAGGACCUUUCAACGCCGUUUUCUCUAAACAAGGCGCCGCAGGGUUUGCCAUUGAUGUGCCUUUCCGCACGUCAACCCUCAUGGAAGGUGGCCUGAUUCUUGUAAAGGUUCAAAGUGUGGUUGGGGAUGCUCUCGUGGGAAUCCGGUCGGACCUAUGGACCCGGUAUGACGCUAUCUCUCCAAAAGGUGACAAUGAAAAGACGGACAAAGUUGUAUGCCGAGACUUCUUGGAUCCGGGAACAUGGGCAAGCAGCAGGAUAGGCGGCCGAACAUUUCCGUUGUAUACUUUGAGCCGGUCUGAUAUACAAUGGUUUCGGGUAGUUGGGUUGUUUGAGAAAGAUGCCUUUUUCAAUUAA